UGUAGAUACGCCCAUCCCCUCUCCUGAACACAGCAAUGGCGGCCUUCGCAGUUGCACGGAGAAGCUACGGUCUUCUGAGGGGACUUAAAGACUCCGUGAAGAGAUUGACACAGGUAAAGCAUGGUAUGGCCGCAGCUUCCGUGGCUCAAAGGAGCCUCCUACAGAACUGCCGAUUGUAUUCCAUCAGUCACCUCUCCGUUCAAGAACGAAUUGACCAGAAACGAAGGGCGGCGCUGGUAGGGGGAGGUCAAAAGAGGAUUGAUGCUCAGCACAAAAGGGGCAAACUGACAGCUCGUGAGAGAGUCGAUUUGCUCCUGGACCCCGACUCUUUUGUAGAGUACGACAUGUUUGUGGAGCACAGAUGCUCCGACUUCGGCAUGGAGGAGGACAGAAAUAAGUUCCCUGGUGACAGUGUUGUAACGGGCCAGGGAAGAAUCAACGGGAGGCUGGUGUACGUUUUCAGUCAGGAUUUCACAGUGUUUGGGGGCAGUUUGUCUGGUGCACAUGCCCAGAAGAUCUGUAAGAUCAUGGACCAGGCAAUGAUGGUUGGCGCACCAGUCAUCGGCCUGAAUGACUCCGGUGGAGCCAGGAUCCAGGAGGGGGUGGAGUCUCUGGCCGGAUAUGCUGAUAUCUUCCUAAGGAAUGUCAUGGCGUCAGGGGUGGUUCCCCAGAUCUCCAUGAUAAUGGGUCCUUGUGCCGGAGGGGCUGUCUACUCUCCUGCCCUGACAGACUUCACCUUCAUGGUCAAGGACACCUCAUACCUGUUUAUCACAGGACCAGAUGUGGUCAAGUCUGUCACCAAUGAGGAUGUGACUCAGGAGGAGCUGGGAGGAGCCAAGACUCACACUGCUGUGUCUGGUGUGGCCCACCGUGCCUUUGAGAAUGACAUCGAUGCUCUGCUCAAUCUCCGAGAUUUCUUCAACUUUCUGCCCCUCAGUAACAAAGACCUGCCCCCAGUGACCGAGUGCCACGACCCCAGCAACCGUUUGGUUCCUGGUCUGGACACCAUUGUUCCUCUGGAAACGACGAAAGCCUAUGACAUGCUGGACAUCAUCCAUGGGGUUGUGGACGAGCAGGACUUCUUUGAGAUCAUGCCGAGCUACGCCAAGAACAUUGUGGUGGGCUUUGCCCGCAUGAAUGGACGGACAGUGGGCAUUGUGGGAAACCAGCCUAAAGUGGCAUCAGGAUGUCUGGAUAUCAACUCGUCAGUUAAAGGGGCUCGCUUUGUACGCUUCUGUGAUGCUUUCAACAUCCCCAUCAUCACCUUUGUGGACGUGCCCGGGUUCCUGCCUGGCACUGCCCAGGAAUAUGGGGGCAUCAUCAGACACGGAGCCAAGCUUCUCUACGCCUUUGCUGAGGCCACCGUGCCCAAGAUCACCAUCAUCACCAGGAAGGCCUACGGAGGUGCGUAUGACGUGAUGAGCUCCAAGCACCUGAGAGGGGACCUGAACUAUGCCUGGCCCUCAGCAGAGGUGGCGGUCAUGGGGGCCAAGGGUGCAGUGCAGAUCAUCUUCAGAGGGAAGGAGAACCAGGCGGAGGCCGAGGCUGAAUACGUGGAGAAGUUUGCCAACCCCUUCCCUGCUGCAGUUAGAGGGUUUGUUGAUGACAUCAUUGAGCCGUCGACCACUCGCAGGAGGAUCUGUAGAGAUUUGGAAGUUUUGUCCAGCAAAAAGCAAACAAACCCCUGGAAAAAACAUGCAAACAUUCCUCUGUAAAACACUCACACCUGUGUGCCCCUGUUUAGAAUACACCCACAGAAUGGAUGCAGUGAACCUGAAAAUGCCAUACUGAGCAUACUGGUUAAAAUGGUUGACGGUUCUUCCAAAUCAUAUGGGACCCUGUCUGGCCUGUGUUGUUCAGAAAGUCCAUGUCCAUAGUCAUUGAGUGCUGUGCCUUCUCUCAGUGCUCCUUAUGCAAGUCCUGAUCUGCUCAUUGUCUGUGAAGAUCAGUGUUACUCCAAACUAAUUCCUGCUGUAUCUUCGAAUGACUAGUUUGAUAUGAAAACGUUUUUGAGUGACA